AUGCCAGUGACUGGCAUUAUUCCCCAUUUAUCGGCCCAGCUUCACAAUCAGAUUCUGGGACUUGCGUGGACUGGUGCCGGACGAGAUGUCGUUUCGCUCCGGUCCAAGGCCUGGUGGGAAGAGUCGUCCCCGAUUCCAUUCGAUCUCGCAUCUCGCCUAAAGCCGAACCUGAUCAGGUUGCUACGCGCUCCAUGGGAAACAUGA